AGUAAUCUCAUGCGCAAUGGACGGCUCAGAUGCUAGAGAGGGGCCUUACGUGAUUAUGGUGAGGGCGACGUAGCACCAUUCUGUUUUUUUUUUUUUUCGAAAGCCCACGUACCACCCCGUUCGGAAAAGGAAAAUUUGCUGUUGCAUUGCUGCCAUGCCUCUACGAAGGAGAGAUGGAACGAAAAUUUGUCUGGGGGAGAAGGAGCAGGGAGAGAAAGAGCGCUGCUUUGCUGUUUCAGACAGGAGGUUAUGAUCGGUUCAGGGGCACAUCUGUAUUCGUUCCUUAAUUAGUGUUAGGGUUUCUUCUCGCCUCUUCAUGGAUCUUAAUUUCGCGAGAAUAAAACCAGGAAGGAAUUGCGUUUGAAGUUUCGGAUAUUGGCUUUGGUCAGUAUGGAGGGGGUGGAAGAGAGCUCAGGCCAUCCCGAGCCUCCAGACCCUGAUGCUAUUGAAAUUGAUCCAACUAAUCGAUAUAUCCGGUAUAAAGAAGUUUUGGGGAAAGGAGCUUACAAGACUGUCUACAAGGCGUUUGAUGAAGUUGAUGGAAUUGAAGUAGCUUGGAAUCAAGUUCGGAUUGAUGAUGUGUUACAGUCACCAGAAGACUUGGAAAGGCUUUACUCUGAAGUACACCUCUUGAAAUCUCUGAAACAUAACAACAUAAUAAGAUUUUACAAUUCAUGGAUUGAUGACCGGAAUAAGACCAUCAAUAUUAUUACUGAAUUGUUUACCUCGGGUAGCUUAAGACAGUACCGCAAGAAACACAAAAAGGUUGAUAUGAAGGCAGUGAAGGGGUGGGCAAGACAGAUUUUGACAGGUUUGAGCUAUUUACAUGGCCAUGAGCCACCUAUCAUACAUAGGGAUCUGAAGUGUGAUAAUAUCUUUAUUAAUGGUAACCAUGGCGAAGUUAAGAUUGGAGAUCUGGGAUUGGCAACUGUGAUGCAACAUGCUAAUGCACGAAGUGUGAUUGGAACACCUGAGUUUAUGGCACCUGAGCUUUAUGAAGAAGAUUACAAUGAGUUGGUCGAUAUAUAUUCUUUUGGGAUGUGUAUGUUAGAGAUGGUUACCUUCGAAUAUCCUUACAGUGAAUGUAAAAACUCUGCUCAAAUAUAUAAGAAAGUCUCAUCUGGAAUAAAACCUGCUUCCCUCUCUAAGGUGAAAGAUCCAGAAAUGAAAUUGUUUAUAGAGAAGUGUUUGGUUCCGGCAGCUCAAAGAUUGCCGGCAAAAGUGCUCUUGAAAGAUCCAUUUCUUCAAGUGGAUGGUUUUGCCAGGAAUUCUCCAUUACUACUUCCUGAUAUUGUUCCACCCAGAUCAGGGGCAUUUGGGGAUCGUUGUGUGCUCUCGGUGGAGCCUACUAGUAUGCAGAAAUCACCUCUUCCCAUGGAGGUGGAUGCUGAUGAUAUUGGUGAACCACCUGUCAUCACAUUUAUUGAGAAUUCUGUUGAUGGGGGUUCUCAUAGUCCAUGUCUGGAGGUUCAAAGGACAAAUAGGGGCAAUUAUUUCAAGUUGAAAGGAGAGAGGAGUGAUGAGAACUCUGUAUCACUAAUCCUAAGGAUUGCAGAUCAGAGUGGUGAACAUAAGGGGCGAGUGAGGAAUAUACAUUUCCUAUUUUAUCUCAACAGCGACACAGCCCUUUCAGUUUCUAGUGAAAUGGUUGAGCAAUUGGAACUAGCUGAUCAGAAUGUUAUGUUUAUAGCUGAGUUGAUUGAUUUGUUGUUGAUAAACUUGAUACCCAAUUGGAAACCUUGUGUUCCUGUUGAUCAGCUGGUUCCUCCAAAUGGGACCCAAAACCCAGAAGACCGUAGCAAGGAUCAAUUACUUGAAUAUGGACAAAGCUCAGCUGGAUCAUUCCAAAAUGGUCUGGUAGUUCCCAACCUAUUGAGCCUACCAUCUUUCCGUGAUUCUUUUUUUGUCAAAGGAUCUACUCAGCCAAUGCAUGAAGUUCAUGACCAUGGAAAUCUUGAUGAAACCAUGUCUCAUGCUGAUUUUGGCUUCCAAAAUUCACCCAUGGCAGAUGACCGAAGUUCUGGGGUUUCAUUUAUUUCUGCAUUCUCUACUGAAGGAAAUGGAAAGAAUUGCUCCUUCACAAGGUGCAUGACUGCAGAGUCUGGGUUUAUGGAUUUUACUGAAUAUGAGAUGAAAAGAGAAGUUCUAGAAUCUCUUUCUGGAGUUGAAAUAGGUCCACCUCUUGAUGACAAAACUGCUAUCAACACAGGCAGCGAUAACUUGCCAACCUUUUCAAGUAAUCCAAGCAAUUCUUCCUCAGCGGUUUUAGCUGAUGACGAUGAUGAGGAGGAAAUAAGAAUGGAGUUGGAGGUGAUUGAAUUGCAAUACCAGGAAGCAAUAAAGGACAUAUCUAAGAAAAGGCUUGAGGCUAUUAUGGAGGCUAGAAAGAGGUUGUCACAGAAGAAGAUAGCAUCAAUUGAAUGAUCUGAUACUUUAGUUAUUUGUUUUGUUGUUCUUCCUUUCAAAUGUAGAAAACCCGUUCAUGGAGGAGAGUUUAUCUUGUCACAAAUUCAUAUUCCUUCUUGUAUAUAAAUUUCACCUUGAGAAAAUCUUAGUGUCUGAUUUAUUGCACAGAGGAUAUACUGUGAUUAGGAUAAGCUGUCAAACCUUCUUUAGGAGAAUUAAUAGUGUCUUUGAGAACAAAACCUUCUUUCUUCUAUGCUAUCAAUCACUAAUAAUAUGAUUUGAUCAUGUGAAAUUCAAAUUGUGCCAAUAGUGGGUUUGCCAUUGGAAAUUGGGCGUUUGUCAUUUCCUUUUUUUAUUUCCUCCCCCUUCCCUGAAAAACAAUUAUUAGGUUUGUGACAUGUAAAACAUCUGAUGAGAAAAACAGAUGGAAGUAGAAACUAUGACAUAAGAAAUUCUAUCUGACCAGUUUCUUCUUGAAAGGUGGCCCUGUUGGUUUGCACAUACUAUUUAAUUCUCACUUAUGAUGCUAUUUUUAUGCUUGAAGGACUCUAGAAGAAUAAACUUACAGCUGAGUUGUCAGGAUUCAAAUGGAUCUUUUCCAAGAAUGUGGAAGUUGAGUUGUUCUCAAGGAC